AAUGCCACAAUGGGCAGCGCUGCCGGUGCCGCCGGGGGUCCCUGCCGGAGACCUGCCCUGCUGCUGACCCUCGCCCUGAUCCUCGCCGCCGGCCCGGGGGCUGCUCCCGCGUCCAAAAGGUCCCCAGAGCACCAGAACACCACAGAUGCCCCGGGGGCUGUCUGGGAGGCCCCUCCGUCACCCCCGGACAGUGGAAGGGAACAGGACCCCAAGAGCGGAGAGCUCCUGAGAAAUGUCACUGGGGCAGGGGGAAAUAGCUACACAGUGGAGCCCUCAGAGGCAGCCAGAGUGAAGGAAUCCUGGAGAAAGACACCUGCUGAUCUCCCCGGGCUGGCAGCAGAAGGCGUAGGCACAGCUGCUGCAGCUUCCGACCAAGUCAGCAGCCUUCCUGGAGCAGGGAUCUCUGUACGGUAUUAUCUUGGCGGGAUUAGCGAGGAGAGCAAUGAAUCAUCGCUCUGUUUGGGAUGCCCCAGGGGGGUUGACAGCCAGAGUGCCUGGCCCCCGAAGCCUUUGUUGGCUAAGGACAAUGAGGGGGCCAUGGAAGCCUCUUCAGCCGUGACUAGUGUGGCUUGGCCUGUGAAUGGAGAGGCCAUUGUUUUGGCAUUAAGUGACACAAAGGGAGCGCCGGAGAGCACUGCCCUUGUCCCUGAGAGCCAGGAGGAGGCUGGGAGCGGAGACCAGCCUGCCAGAGCCUCUCCGGGCAAUGUGUGGAACCCGGGAGCUUUCGUGGAGCUCAUGGUCACCCCGCCUGCCUACCGGGUCCCCAUGGAGAUGGCGGGCGCAGCCAGCUCAUCAGUAGGACCCGGCCUCAGCUCUGAUUCACCCAAGAUGGACCUGCUGCUGGAGGCCUUCAGGGAAGUGGUGCUGCAGCCCCCCACCCCGGAUGGCCGUGCCCCUGAGCUGGGCACCCAGAUGCAGAGCAGCGCAGGGCUGGCACAGGACUCAGCCCAGAAGGAGGAGCCCCUGGACCUGUGGCUGGCGUCGUCCAGCAGCUCCCCGGCCCAGGGGGCUCUAGGCCACACUGAUCUAACCUGGCUCAAUACUGAAGUGUCCCCGGGGCCCCAGUUGGCCAUCACGACCCCUGUCAAUGCUCUCAAGACCCCCGAGCCUCCCUCAGCUCAGUCGGUCUCCGAGAUCAUCGACAUCGACUACUACGACCUCUUUGGUGGGGAGAGCCAAGGCAGGGGUGGGGGCCUGGAGGAUUUCCCUGCCAGGGGCCCGGGGGGAGCAGACUCCCCCAAGAGGAAACUGGAUGACAAGACGACGUCCUGGGCCAUUCACGAGCUCUACGACGACUUCACGCCCUUCGACGAGUCUGACUUCUACCCCACCACCUCCUUCUACACGGACGGGGAUGAGGAUGGUGAAGAUGAUGAGCUGGAUGAGGAGGAAGAGGAGGAGGAUGGGGGUGGUGGGCUGGCCAGGGACCUGGAGGAAGAGAACUCCAAGCUGCCUACCCCGCUCACGCCCAAGAUCCAGACCACAGUGCAGCAGGCCGAGCCCACCAGCCGCCGUUACGUCAUCCCCCCGCUGCAGACCUUCAUCGUCUCUGGGGGUGAUGCCACCUCCAGACCUCGCCCAGCAGAGACCAGCAAGGACCUGAGCCAGUCGGCCAUGGCGGCGGGACCUGGUGGCGAGAACGGGACCGAGUGCAGGAGUGGCUACGUCAGGCAUAAUAACUCCUGCAAGUCCGUGUGUGACAUCUUCCCCAGCUACUGCCACAACGGGGGCCAGUGCUACCUCGUGGAGGGCCUGGGCGCUUUCUGCAGGUGCAACACCCAGGAUUACAUCUGGCACAAGGGAAUUCGCUGCGAGUCCAUCAUCACCGACUUCCAGGUGAUGUGCGUGGCCGUGGGCUCGGCGGCACUCGUGGUCCUGCUGCUCUUCAUGAUGACCGUCUUCUUCGCCAAGAAGCUAUACCUGCUCAAGACUGAGAAUAACAAGCUGCGCAAGACCAGGUACCGAACGCCGUCUGAGCUCCACAACGAUAACUUUUCCCUGUCCACGAUUGCCGAGGGCUCCCAUCCAAAUGAUGACCCCAAUGCUUCCCACAAACUGCAGGACUCGCUGAAAUCCUGCGUGAAAGAAGAGGAAUCAUUUAAUAUUCAGAACUCCAUGUCGCCCAAGCAUGAUAACGGGAAGGGCGAACAGGAUGAGGCCGGUGUGAACUGUCUGCAGAACAACUUGACAUGAAGGAAACAGAGAGGAGGGGGGAGAGAGAAAGAGAGAGCACACUCCAUUUCCUAUUGUACAACUCUCAUUUCUAGUAACUGUUUGUUAUAUUUUUUUCCCCCGGCUCCAUGGCAUGCUUUGGUGUAUUUUGUACAGAGAAAAAAUAAUACAAAAGAAGAAUCAAAAUGCUCUUCAGAUGAAUUGUGUCCGUUGGGUUGUCUGGUAUGUGCUCUGUCUGUAUAUUGCUUGGGUUAGUUCCACGGCUGUGAUUUCUAAACCUUUGCUGUUACUCAACUGACUUUUUUUGUACUUUUACCCAACUUUUUUUGAAAUACGAGUUAAAAACA